GCUUCCUCGAAACCGGUAGUGAAAAAAUCCUCCAGAUGGUUUCUGGCGAUGUUGAAGCUGGAAACUCACUAUCUUCUGAAUCGAAAAUGGCUCCGUAUGUUACAGAUAGAAAGAAAUUAAUAGUGUGUUUCUUGGGAAUAUUUAUAUCGUACUUUUACUACGGAAUUAUACAAGAGAAAAUAACAAGAACAUCUUAUGGCGAAGACAAAGAGAAAUUUGUGUAUGCUCUCUCAUUGGUCUUUGUUCAGUGCAUUGUGAAUGCACUUUUUGCUAAAACAGUUAUCCAACUGACGUACAGAAAUGAAGCUAAGGAUACAACUCCAUUCUGCUGGUAUGGGAUCUGUGCUACAACCUAUAUUGGUGCAAUGCUGGCCAGUAAUAAGGCUCUUCAGUGGGUGAACUAUCCAACUCAGGUCUUAGGGAAGUCAUGUAAACCUAUUCCAGUUAUGAUUCUGGGAGUUCUUCUAGCAAGGAAAAGAUAUCCCCUUCUGAAAUACCUAUGUGUUUUUCUUAUUGUUUGUGGAGUAGCUCUGUUCAUGUACAAAGAGAAUAAGAAACAAGUAUCAAAUGACAGUGGAAGCUGGAUUGGAUUUGGAGAACUCCUCUUGCUUGUAUCUCUGACAUGUGAUGGAUUGACAGGUGCGGUGCAGGACAGAAUGAGAGCAGAACACCACGUCCAGUCACACCAUAUGAUGUUUAACAUGAAUCUCUGGUCAAUUGGUAUCUUGGCGAUAACUCUCUUGACAAGUGGUGAAGUCUUCCAGUUCAUUGCAUUUUGCCAGCGGUAUCCUUACGUUCUACUACACAUAUUCACAUUCAGUCUGGCUAGUGCUAUAGGACAGAAUUUCAUCUUCAUGACUGUGGCUAACUUUGGCCCACUGACCUGCUCCAUAAUCACCACAACUCGUAAAUUCUUUACAAUCCUCGCCUCAGUGCUCUUGUUUGGAAAUUCGCUUAUCACCCGCCAAUGGCUUGGUGUGUUUUUGGUUUUCGCUGGACUCACACUGGACAGCAUUUAUGGAAAAGCAAGGAAAAAAGCGUAGAAGAGAUAAUUGUCCGAAAAUUAGGUAGCACAAGUAAUUUUUUGGUCGAAAUCAAAACAGCAGAGAAUAGUUGAGCCAGCGGUUUCCGUUGUUAAGCAUGAUGAAGGGUGACUUGAUGGUCACUUUAGCUCGCUCCUUUCCCUGACUGAUCGGUUAGAAACUUACUUGUUCACUCCUGUUGUCAUUUUAACAAAGAAACAAAUAUAUUUAUUAGUUUCUGUAUUUAUGUGAAUAGCAAAUCUGUAGAGAUUGUCAUUGUAAACAGCUCAAGUACCAUGUGAAAGCUGAAAAACGAAAACCAUAGCGUGAAGAAUGCUAAAAACG